UGAAGCUGACAGGACAGACAGAAACAGCGAGCAACCACGAUGAAGACGGCCCUGCUGAGCAUCCUGGCUGCCUCAGGAAAGUACAGUUUCAAUCAUUAAGGCUGCUGUUUGCUAAAGUGCAUUGUAUACUGAUUCAUGCAAAGAAAAGAGGAGCAUAUGAUGUGUUUUUCAACAAUUACAUGGAGCCGAGCUCAACGCUUUUGGAACAGUUACACUUGAGGGUGGGGACCAGGGAUAGGCUGUUAAACAAAACAUCUCACCAUAUUCAAAUGUGAAUGCUCACCAUUACUAUUAUUGCAACAGUAGAAUUUUCAGAUGACACGCAAUCCUCUACAACACUGCUAUUUUAAUACAAAAUUUAAUCAGUGUGCAUGUUUUUUGCUACAGUGCUGUCCAUGGUCUUCUCUCAUGUUCGACGUGAGUACCAUUUGGUUUAUGAUGUAAAAAAGAACAUGACCGAGGCACUGAAAUACUGCAGAGAACGAUACACAGACCUGGCUACAAUAGAAAACAUGGAGGAUGUGAAGGCUGUGAACGACUUGAUCAAGUUACAUUGGAGUAGCCUCCCAUGGUCUCUCUGGAUAGGGCUGUACGAUGAUAUCAACAGCUGGAGAUGGUCACUGACAGAUGGAAAUUUCUACAAAGAUGGGGAGAGAGAGUACAGGAACUGGUAUCCUGGGAACCCAAAAAACAAAGGAGGUGUCGAACACUGCACACAGAUGGGUUCAGAUGGACAGUGGAGCACUACAAGCUGUAAAAGAGAAAACUUAGCAGUCUGCUUUCAUGCCAAAGGCCUAAAUAAAAAGUUGGUCCUGAUUAACACCACCAUGACAUGGACUGUGGCUCAAAACUACUGCAGAAGGUACUACACCGACCUGGCCAGUGUGAGAAAUAAGGCAGAAAACAAACAGAUAAAAAACCUGAUCAGUAAAGGACAAAGAGUCUGGAUCGGUCUUUUCAGAGACGCCUGGAAGUGGACAGAUGGAACUCGCUCCUCAUUUAGGUACUGGUCAGACAAUGAACCUGAUAACCGCUACAAGAAUGAGACUUGCGUAUUAGUAGACCUGAAAGACAACAACAAAUGGGCGGAUGUGAUGUGCAAUCAGGAGACAGCCUUUGUUUGUCACAAGGUUUUAGAAAAAAAGCAAAGGCUAAGAGUGAGGUUGGUGAGACAGGACGCUUCUGUGGAUCUGAAUGACCCUGUUGUGAUGGGAGACCUCUUACAGAAGCUCGAACAGAGUAUGAAUUCUGAAGAAGGGACUGAAGACAUCAAACUGAGCUGGAUAAAGCAGUCGGAUGGAAAGAUCUUCCACAAGGAAGAGAAGAAGACAAAAAAGGCGAAAUACACUGACACAAAGGACGAGCUUUAGUGCUAGUAGUGAAUUUUGUCUGUCUACUUUCAUAGAAGAUUUGUUUCAUUUGUCCUUAAAAUGAGCAAGGUUUUAUUCUAAAAAGACUUUACUGUUGUCUGCCUAAGAUUUGCAUUUGUAAGUUGUACAAAUAAUUAGCAUAUGUUUUGAAUAUCGUUUAAUUCUGUUUUUAGAUUAAAAUUAAACAUCUUGUGCGAAAUUUUGCAUCACCCUGGUUCCGAUCAGAGAUUGGUCAUCUGUUGUCAAGAAAGCGGGUCUUAUCUAAUAUGAGCCUGUCUGGGGCUGAUGCUAAAGAGAGAGGAAUGAGGUGUGAUGGAGGACAAAUAACAACAGUCUAUUCAUCACUGGUACAGCCACAAAGGCUUAAUGCUUAAUCCAUUUAUCAUUACCUGUUUAGAAAAUGUUGACACUGUUUCAGCAGUUGUUAUGGGUUUUUUUUUUUUUUAGCUUGACCCAAGUAAAUUGGUAUUGUAAAAAAAAAAAAAAACACUAUUAAUAAUUUGAAUAAUAAAUCAAAUAUGAUUCUGAUUGGAGAUGGUUGCAGUGAACACAACAAAGGAACACACAGCCCUGCAUUUCCUACAUUAAUAAUAAAUCUCUUUUUAAUUCACUAAAUGGUCUGAGAAACUUUAAAGAGGUAUAGUGUGAGAAAAGAUUUCAGAAUUAUUCUCAAUGAUUUGUGUAUUCAAAACAAGACAACAAACAAUUUAGAAAGAAGUGUAAAGAAUGGUUUAUGUGCAACCGCUGUACACAUUAAGCAAUUGCUCAAACUUAUUAUGUUUCUAUUUUAUAUUUUCAUUGCUGCAUAUUUUUGUUCCUAUAUACUUUCAGUUAUCUAUUCUAUAUUUUUCUUAUAAUUUUUGUGAGUGUCAGUGACAUUUCUAUUCUAUUUGGAGCAGCUGUAA